AUCAGAUGUCAAAAUAAUACACUGAAGUUAAUUAUAGGGUCCGUUAUCAGAGGUUCCAUUGUGUGCACUUUAGGAAAUUAAAUGCUGGGGUGACCCAAUUCGUAUAGCUAUUCGUGUAUUAAUCAAUAGGUAUUAUAAUUGAUCAUGUACACCUCCAGUAAAUGUCUACCAAUCCCAUUGAUCUAAACUGCCAAGCCAUCAUUGUACUCUCAUGUCCUAUUAUCCUUAUCUAUACUACAGUCGCUCUUACAAUGGAAAGAUAAUUCGAAUAGAUGUGGAUGACCAAGAUCCUGGGAAGGAAUAUGCUAUACCACCAGACAAUCCAUUCAUCAGUGACAUUGAUGCCUUCCCUGAGAUCUAUGCCUAUGGAUUUGUCCAGCCAUGGAGAUGUUCAGUUGACCCGGGGGAUCCAGUUGAUGGGUAUGGUGAAGGGCGCGAAUUUUGCGGUGAUGUUGGUGUCGCAGAUUUCGUAGAAGAGGUCAACCUUGUAGAGAAAGGAGGAAAUUAUGGAUACCCUCUCUUCGAGGGGACUGUGUGCAUAGCAGACAAUCAAACAUGUGAUGAAGCUCGUUCGGAUGUGAUUUUCCCUAUUAUUACCUACCCCUAUGGACGAGGCGUUGCUGUUGUAGGAGGUUAUGUGUACCAUGGGUGUCUGCACCCAAAUCUUAAAGGAAAAUACAUAUUUAGCGACUAUACUGGGUAAGCACAGGGUCAGUCAGCGCCCUAUGUAUAGAAGAGAGUAGAUAAAGAGGAGGGCUGGGUUCUGCCAAGAUUAUAUAAGAGCUGCUGUUCAUUCUGUCAGCAAGCCUAGCUCAUAUGGUUUAUACCCAAUACAUGAAAAAAAUCCAUUGAGUUGCAUUUGACCUGCAAGUAAAGUCCUAACAUGGUCAUAGUCACAGGUACUAAUGUUACAUAC